AUGGCAGCGGAAAGCCUCCCUCCGGCGUAUCGGCCAUCGAUUGGCGGAGUCCGUAAGAGACUCGAGGACAGGCCCCCCCGACUAGCAAGGAUAGGUGAGACGGGGCAGAAAGCGCUAGUGGACACUGGUCUGAUAGCAGUGACUGAUAAACGGGGGAGUUCGUACGCGGAACGAACAAGAGAAGGGACAGUGCGUGACGGUGACGGAGUGGAGGUCGAGGAUGAUUGGGGCCCGGAGACCUCGCCGCCUCCGACGGACUACCCGGCUGACGGAGAGGCCUGGGUGGAGGCGAGAACAAAGAGGGCGCGCAAGCGAUUGAGAAAGAAAGAGCAGAAAAAAGCGGCUCUGGACGCGAGUGCUGCAAUGAGGGGCGCGAAAACCUCAAAACGAGAUUCUGUGCCACCGCCCACAGUGGGGGGCACGAACGCCGGAGUGCGACGGACUGGCGCGAGCAAAGGCGCAGCGGGAGUGAGUGCGCGUAGUGGGACACGGAGAGGGCCCGCCUCUGCUGGUGUUGCGACCCGCCCACGUGUGGGGGGCCCGGGAGGCGCAGGGGGGCGACCCCUUCUAGUGAGAGAGAACAAGUUCCGGGCGCCGAGGACGGCCGCGGUCCUCAUAAAAUGUGCGGAGGAUAAGGACAGGUCGGGAGGUGUCACGUAUGCUGAGGUGAUGAAGCUCGCUAGGAGCAAAAUUUCGUUAGACGACCUCAGCAUCGUGAACACGCGAAUAAGAAAGGCGCAGGCGGGAGGCCUUCUGAUAGAGAUUCCGGGAGGCGAAGAAGCUGGGGCCAAGGCGGAGGCCCUAGUAGACAGGAUAAAGGGGGUCCUAGCAGAAACCGAAUAUAAGGAGGUACAAGUGGUGAGACCAGUGCGAAGGGCGGAGCUGAGAUUGAUUGACAUCGACCAGUCCGUCACUACUGAGGAGGUGGCCGAAGCAAUAGCGAGGAACGGUCAAGUGCGGUUAGCGGAUGUUAGGGUCGGUCCCCUCAGGCCUGGGAGGGGAGGCCUGAAUGCAGUGUGGGUGCAAUGCCCCCUAGCCUGCGCUAACAAACUGCUAGGUGACGGACGAGUUAGAGUGGGCUGGACUAUGGCGGGGAUGGUGCCCCUGGCAAAGCGGAGGCUUCAGUGCUUCCGCUGCUUUGCUGUGGGGCACACUCGCGCCAACUGUCUGAGUCAAGUGGAUCGAACUGACUGGUGCUUCCAGUGCGGAGGAAGUGAUGGGCACAGAGCGGCGGGAUGUAGAAAACCCCCAAAGUGUCCGGUGUCGCGACCAUCGCAAGACCUAAUUGCAAGGGUGAGUGAGGAGUUAAGCCUGGGGAUAGUGGCUAUUGCGGAGCCCAGCGGCAUCCCGGACAGUGGCUGCUGGGUAUCCUCCAGUGACGAUCCCCCCUCGGCGGCCAUUACGUGGCAAUGGAGCCGAGCGGCGGUGCCGUGUACGCUGAAAUGGAGGGGCGCGAAAUUCGUGGCGGUGGACUGGGGUGACUUAGUCGUGGUCUCGUGCUACUUCUCCCCCAGACUGAGCGAAACGGAAUUCUUCAGGGGACUGCACGAGCUGGAGAGCAGACUCCUGGGAGUAAGAGGUCAUCCAGUAGUGAUUAUGGGAGACUUCAAUGCGCGCGCCCACGCAUGGGACCCUGGGCGGCCUAACAGGCGAGGAGCUAUCCUUGCGAGCUGGAUGGGGUUAAUGGACCUACAGAUUAUUAAUGAGGGAAGUGAACCAACGUGCGUCCAUCCGCGGGGCGUUUCAUGCGUCGAUAUCACGCUGGCGACUCCUACCGCGGCAAGGAGGAUCUCGGCCUGGAGAGUCGAGGCUGGGCUGGAGUCCCUCUCGGACCACAAAUACAUUGUGAUGGAGGUUGGGACUUCCCUGGUCGGGCCUACUACGGGGAAGACAGCGUUGAGAGCCUUCCCCAGAUGGGCGGUCGGGAAAGCCGACCUAGAUUUAAUGGAGGCAGCAGCGGUCUUCACAGCGUGGACUCACACUCCUGGCAACGGCACCUCGGAAGCUGAGAAGAUAGACCGAGCACUUCAGGAUAUAUCGGACACGGCGAUGCCGAGCAGAGGAGCAGCCAAGAAGCCGACCACCUAUUGGUGGAAUGAGGAGAUAUCAGACUUGCGCCGAAAAUGUAACGCGAGUAGAAGAAGGCUCACGCGAGCGCGAGCGAGGAAUAGGUUACCUCCCGUAGACAUUCAAACUUAUUGGGAUGAGCUGCGGGAGGAUAGACGUAGGUUAAGAGUAGCGAUCAGGCGGUCGAAGGCGAGGCUAUGGGGUGAACUCCUGAACGACCUCGAUAGGGACCCUUGGGGCAUGCCCUACCGACUGGUGCUUAGGAAGUUGCACGUGGGCGGCGCCUCGGUCGUGGAGGUGCUCCCUCCUGAGAUAGUAGAGGAAAUAGUAACGACACUAUUUCCUGCGGACAAUACCCCGCAGGACCCUGGGAUCCCGGUGGAAUGGCACGAAGAUAUGGAGGUUACUCCAGUGGAAGUGCUGGAGGCCGGGACCAGGGUUAAGCUAGGGAAGGCACCGGGUCCGGAUGGGAUAACGGGGCAUGUAGUGAAAAAGACACUAGAAAGCCUUGCCCCUUUGUGGGCAAUGUGCUUUACGGAAUGUCUCAGGAGGGGGCACUUUCCACGGAAGUGGAAAAUGGCGAGGCUUGUAUUGGUCAAGAAGCUGGGCAAGCCAGAUCUUUCCCCGUCCUCAUAUAGGGCACUGUGCUUACUUAGUGAGGCGGGGAAACUGCUAGAAAGGGUGAUUGUGCGAAGGCUCCAGACGUUUCUGGAUGACACAGAGGGAGUGGCGAACGGCCAAUACGGUUUCCGACGACAGCGCUCCACCAUAGACGCGAUAUGGUGCUUGAGAGAACGCGUCGAGCAGGGUACGCGGGACGGGGGUGUCGUGGUCGCGGUGUCCUUGGACAUCGCGAACGCGUUUAACUCCCUCCCGUGGCCCGUUAUUAAAAGAGCUCUAGGGGAGAAGGAUGUUCCGGGGUAUAUCCGGAACAUCCUUCACGAUUAUCUCGCGGAUAGGGGGCUGUCAUAUGUAAAUAGAAGAGACAGGCUGGUGCGGAAGGAUAUGACGUGCGGAGUUCCACAGGGUUCGGUCCUUGGACCGACCCUGUGGAACAUAGGUUACGAUACGGUACUGAGGGCGAAUAUGCCUAUUUGCUGCUCGGUAUUGUGUUACGCGGAUGACACGUUGUUGGUCGCGUGCGCUGCGUCGUUCGACGAGGCACGCAUAAGAGCGGAGAUGGGGGCCACCUUUGUCAUAAGGAUGAUAGAGCGGCUAGGCCUAAAAGUGUCGAUCUCGAAGACGGAGGCGGUGGCCUUUAUGGCCGAGGAUAUCCCGAGGGGUGCAGCUAUUAGGAUUGACCCUGGACUCGCGGUGGGCCUUUCGGGACCACUUCCGCCUGCUCAUGCCUAA